AUGGAGAGUGGUCAAUGUUCCACAAUAAGGCCGAAAACAGCAAGAAAGAUUAUAGAGAAGAAUAGGAGAAAUAACAUGAAGAAUCUCUACUCCAAGCUCUUCUCUCUCCUCCCAAAUCCUGCCUCCAUGGAAGCAUUGCCACUGCCUGAUCAAAUAGAUGAAACUGUGAAUUACAUCAAGAGCAUGCAAACAAUGGUGGAGAAAAGCAAGGAGAAGAAGGACAACUUAUUGGGAAGUAAAAGGUCUCACACAUGCAUGAUAAGUGAGACUAAGCCAAGUUCAAAAUCACCUUAUAUUGAAAUUCAUGAAAUUGGUCCUGCUCUAGAUGAAGUUCUGAUAUGUGGGUUAGAUAAUCACUCUGUAUUCUAUGAGAUUAUUCGUGUGCUUCAUGAAGAAGGUGCUGAGAUUCUAUAUGCCAAUUUUUCAGUCUCUGGAAACUCAAUCAUCCACAUAGUCCGUGAGAAGAUUGGAGAAUCGAGAGCGGCAACGAUAUCUGAGAGGCUGAAAGAAAUCGUAAAUGGAACCAACGGCCAAGUGGAAUCACAGCUAGAAGUAUGGGACUUUGAAAUUCAAUAUGAUGCAUGGGAGUUCCAAAUUCCAGAAGUAAUACCCAUAGGAAUCUAGAUUUUAGCUCAUAAGUUCAAGAAAAUAAUGUACUUUUGCUGCAAAUGGAAGUGCAAUUAUGUUCUUAGUUUGAUCAUAUGUUGGCC